CCUCGUUAUAUGCCACUUGCAACAAGCUGUUUGCAAGUUCGUUAACCGAAGGGAUUGCAGGUCAUAUGAACCCAAAGUCAUACAACAUCAUUUUUCUCUUGCUACAUGCGUUGAUCGUGGGAAUCUUAAUUUUUGCAUACCGUACCUUGAAUUUGGACCAAGAUGGGGAGGUUUCAUAUGAUGCAGCGAGGAUCGUUGGGUUUAUUAUAGUGGGAGCAAUUAUUGCACUUUUGUCUUACAUGACAAAAUUUGCUUAUCAUUUAUUGGUCUUGCAGCAAAUACAUCACAGGUUGCAAGGGAUUCCAUCAUCGUACGAGUCAUUCUAUCAGCCCAUUAUUGAAGAGUCCAUCAAAUUUGCCAUCAUUAUAUGGUUUCAACAUAUCAAAUUUGAUCGUGCCUUGAAUGCAUUUGAGUUGUCGUUGGUAUGGUGCGGGUUCAUCAUACUUUCCUUGAAGUUAUAUUUCUACAACCCUCGAGGAUAUUCUCAAAAGUACGAUCGGUUUUUGGCGUAUUAUCAAUCCUGGAUUGUUCAGAUGAAAGGUGAAAGGUCGGAAUUUGCAGAAGAAAACUAUCGUGCCAGCAGGGUGUGGACCACAUUGGUGUCGGGCAAUAUUGACAUGGAAAUGCAUGACAAGAAACCCGGCCGUUCAACAAUUGCAUCUCAAAAGCGGCACGUUGAUGGGCGUGCGCUCAGGACGAAAUUGAGUUCAAAAAUGCUUCCGACUGAAUUCAAUUUGAAGUCAAACCCUGAUAAAUAUGAGACUGCUUGUUUCCCAAAAGGAAAUAUUUGUGCGCCUAUUCAACUUCCUGUCACAAAUGAUACAUCGUGCUCCAAAACUGUGGAAAGAUUGUAUUCAGUUUCACCGAAAGAUACUUAUCAUUUAAUUACGGCAGUUGCGUCUGCUACCUUUGGCGACGGGGAGGGCAUCGAGCGAUUUCAAGGGGAGAAUUACAUCUGUUGUACCGAAGCACCGAGUGCAGAAGCAAUCACCCAAGACCUUCUUCCAGGAGCAGAAGAAGUUUUUGAGAACAUUGAUGAUUCAUUCUGCCAAGAAGAGAGUUUGAACGAGGAUGAUCUACCAGCGCACGAACACUUCAUACCAGAUCUAUCCACUCGAAAUUAUGGCUCCCAUAAUACGAACGCGUACAAACAGAGUGUUACAACAAUCGUCAGCUCCGACAACUUCCCUGGGGCAAAAUUGGAGCAAAGUAUGCACAUGUGGAAACUUCGAGGACUAGCCUUUAUUAACUGGUGGUCUUGGUUAUGCCCCCCAUUAUUACCGAUACAUCAAAUACUACAACAGAAAACGUCUGGACCACUAUGUCUAAGUCCUUCCCAUUUUCUGGUGGAUAACGAAAGGUUUCCACUUCUCAAACUGAAGCUCUCAAGUUACAGUUUGAAUGACAGAACACAAGACGAAAGUGUACAUGAUCAAGACCUAAUCAAUGACAAGUCCAUUGCGAGGGUCCUUAGUUUUGAAAUUUACUUGUCUUACUAUUUCGACAUAACUUUGAGCCCAAUUCUACAUCCAUUCCCACUAGAUCAGUGGUUUAUGACUCAUAUGGCAGCUAUUCAUCUUUGGAAUAAUUGGGCUGUACAUACAAAACCCUCUGAUGACGAAGUUGCUCAAGCUUUCACCACUUGUCAUUAUCAUAAAGUUGUUCAAGAUGAAUUAUUUACGGGGUUAUGA